UGCCUAGAUAGCACGUGAUAGCUGUUACUAGUCCUGUUGAGUGUUACCAGCGACUGGCCUGUUGAGCUGUCAGGUUAACCGAUUUCAAACACCAUGGUGAGCAAGUUGGGAGUCCGAACCACGAAGACGAAAGUAGUUUUCAGUGAUGCCAAGGCGUCUAGGAGCCCUACGGAUGAAGCUCGGGAUCCUCUUCUGUCUGGUGCGCGGCGACGACCAGGGAGAGGGGACGAUCAGCCUAGGUACGUGCCCGACGACUGGGACGACUCGCUGCCCUAUGGCGGGAAGGUCUACCUGGCGAGGAGGAAAUUGCCCGACUCCUGGUUCUGCGUCGCCCUCCAGGUGAUCGCUGUAUUAGCAGCUUUCGGUCUGCUGUACUACGCAUGGUACCACACGGACCACAUGCACUUCCACAUCACCAAAGCCUACGCGCACCUCGGCCACCUGGACGCGCAGGCCACGGUGGGCCACAAACUGCUGAUGGGGAAAGGUGUGGAAAAGAACCACACGGCUGCCAUGGAGUGGUUCAAGAAGGCCUCGGACCAAGGUCACCCUCACGCCGCCUACAACCUGGCUGUGGGUCAUCUUCAAGGCUACAAGAUCGGUCUGAAGCCUGGAGAUGCGCACGAGCUCAUAAAGCAAGCUGCAGCAAAAGGAGUUCCAGAGGCGAUAGACGUCUUGGACAAGGUGUGCUCUCGUGGGCACUGUGAUGCAUAAAGUUAACCGAUUCCAGUCAUUUUUUUCAGUAGUGUAAAAACAGCCAGUUAUUCAAUUCCUAAUUUACCUGCUAUUUGUUGUUUGUAAUUUAAACCAUCUCCUCCAGGAAUUUAAGUAAUAAAAGAAAUUGUUGCAGUACUCAAAUGUCUUAACAUAGUCCAGUUUGAUACUGGAUUCACAACUAUUUGUGAAUCAAGCUUUUGUUUGGUGUCAAGUAUGAUAGAUAAUGUCUAUAUAUAUUUUUGCAAAGCUGGCUAGUACAAUAAAUAUUAAAACUAA